UUUUACGAGGUCGUUUUGAGGAGUGAGAAAAUGGAAAAAAAGGCAUCAAAACUCAUAAUAAUAAAUCACAGACAUCUGAAAUUGAAAUUGGAGAAGCAGUAAUUCUACUGCAAUUUAACACUUAAAAUUAAAGAACCCUAACUAAAUAAGCAUCGCGGUUCGGCAAAGAGUAAUCGAUUUUUCUGUCAAAAUCUAAUAAAGGAUGGCAGAAUCGAAUGUUGAAGCAGAAGGAGAGAAAGAGAAAGAAGAGGAGAGAAGUAUGAGCAGGAAAGAGAAGAGGAAGGAAAGGAAGAGGAUGAAGAGAAAGAAAGUACGGAAAGAGGUAGCUGAGAAGGAGAGAGAAGAGGAGGAAGCAAAACUCGAUGAUCCUGAGGAGCAAAAGAGACUCCAGGAGAUGGAGGAAGAGGAGAACCAGAGAAUAGAGAGAGAGAGGAAAGAAUUUGAGGAGAGGGAGAGAAAGUUUCUGGAAGAGAUUGAGAGGAAAAUGAAGCUUCUAGAAGAAGAAGAAGAAGAAAAAGAAAGGCAGAAGGUUCUAGAAGACGAGCAAGAUGCUAAGAAAUUUCAGGUUGAAAAGGAGAAUGAGUUUAAUGAUGAUGAUGAUUGGGAAUAUGUAGAAGAAGGUCCUGCAGAAAUAAUAUGGCAAGGGAAUGAGAUUAUUGUACGGAAGAAAAAGAUUCCGAAGAAAAAGAGUGCAGAUCAACAAAGUAGAAAUGAGGUGAUAUUAUUUGUUAUGCAGGAUGAUCGACCUACAUCAAAUCCUCUUCCCCCGCAAUCUGAAGCUUUUGCCGAGUACCAAAAAGCGCCAAUGCCAUCAGCAGAACGGAUGCUUGAGAAUGUUGCUCAACAAAUACCUAAUUUUGGAACUGAACAAGAUAAAGCUCAUUGUCCUUUUCAUUUGAAGACUGGAGCUUGUCGGUUUGGCCAGCGAUGCAGCAGAGUUCAUUUUUAUCCUGAUAAAGCUAAUACACUGCUAAUGAAGAACAUGUAUAAUGGUCCCGGCCUUGCCUGGGAACAAGAUGAGGGGCUUGAGCAUACAGAUGAAGAGGUUGAACGCUCUUAUGAAGAAUUUUAUGAGGAUGUUCAUACAGAGUUCUUGAAAUAUGGGGAAAUAGUGAAUUUCAAGGUUUGUAAAAAUAGUUCAUUCCACUUGCGGGGGAAUGUUUAUGUGCAAUAUAAGUCAUUGGAUUCAGCUGUACUUGCUUAUUGUUCCAUCAAUGGUCGAUACUUUGCUGGAAAACAGGUAAAUUGUGAAUUUGUUAAUGUGACAAGAUGGAAAGUUGCCAUAUGUGGGGAGUAUAUGAAGUCAAGGCUCCAGAUGUGUUCUCGUGGGACAGCUUGCAAUUUUAUCCACUGUUUUCGUAAUCCAGGUGGGGACUAUGAAUGGGCUGAUUGGGACAAGCCACCACCUAGAUACUGGAUUGAAAAGAUGACUGCUUUAUUUGGUUACUCUGAUGAAUCCGCAUGUGAUAAACAGAUGGAGCAAGACAAAUUUAAGCAGCCGAGGAUGUCUAGCAAGAGAAUACCAGCAUAUACAGACAGGCAUCAUUCAAGCAGAUCUAGAUCCAGGGACAUUUAUUACUCGCUCCAUUAUUCUGGUAAAAGUGACAAUGAAGAUGAUGAUGAAGAACGCACUCACCGGCAUUGGCGCUCAGAUGAUGAUCGGAAACAGAUUCACAUCCAUGAUGAGAAAUCAUACAGAAAGGACUACCAUCUUAGUAAUCGCAAAAGCCAUGAUAUGAUUUCUGAUGGAGGCUGGUCUGAUGGGGACAGUGAGGCAGAUAGAGAAAGAAAUAAGCGUCAUGGUCAUGGUCAUGUAACAAAAAGGUCAAAACACCAUAGUGAAGUGACAAAGCACUCCACUCACUGGUCUAGUGGGAAGAGCAAAGACAGUAACCAUAAGGCGGCUUCUGACGAGUGGUCUGAUGGGGAUAGCGGGGCAGAUAGAGAAAGAAAUAAUUGUCAUGGUCAUGUAGCAAAAAGGUCAAAACACCAAAGUGAAGUGACAAAACACUCCACUCGUUGGUCUAGUGGGAAGAGCAAAGACAGUAACCAUCAGGAGAAUUCCGACGAGUGGUCUGAUGGGGGCAGAAAUGGACAAAAGGAGCAUUCUUCUGCUGAAGUCUCAGAACAUAGAAUGAAAGGGGUAUCUCUGGAUGACAAUAGAAACAGUACGAGUAAAUGCAGUGGAGCUGAUGGAUAUCAAUCGGAUAGAGAAAAACACCAUAGUCGUAUGGUGAGAAGCUCAAGACACCAGAGCAAGGUAAGGUCCAUGGAUGAUCUUGGGGAUGGUAAAGAGUCGAAUAGGGAUGAAGACAGAGACAGACAUGAUCAUCCCAGAAAGAAAAGGUCGAGACCCCAUAGCAGGUCCUCUGAGUUAUCAGAUGAUUAUCAAGAUGAUAGGUAUAGGACACGCGAUACUGAUUUGAAGGAUGAUUGGUUAGACGAGAACAAGGAAAGACAUCAAAGGCAUAAAAGGAGACAUUCAAGACGCAGUGAACAAGAGAUUUCGGAUGAUGAAGAGAUAUCUGCAAAAAGGUUGAAAGAGAAGUCUUAUAGUGACGAAACAGAAAUAGAUAAAUCUCACCUGAAAGGAAAGCCAGUUGGUCGUCGCUCGAGCAGACAAAGCCACUCAAGCAGAAAGAGUAUUGAAACAAAUUGUAGUGUAGAGAGUUUGAAUCUGAGCGAAAAUUAUGAGUUCAAUUAUGUGGACAGUGAUACGAGAUGCAAAGACAUUGAGGAAACUAAUGAGCAGGAUCGCUGGAAACCUGAAAGUCCUGAUAGGCUGGAACUCUACUAGAAAAUCUAUUUGUAUAGAAGAGAUGAUUCUGGCAGUCCAGUCUGAUUCGAAAAGAUGUAAUUAACACAACAGGAUCGCAGAUAGAAUGAAUAAGUCGAAGAAGGAUGUGGAAUUCAUUGCAGAGAUGCUUCUGGAACGCCAUGAUUUUACUGAACAAAGAUUAUAUAUCUCAAGUUGUUGGGACAAGAAAUCUGCAGAGAUGCUUUAACCUGCAUAUUGAAGAAUCCUUAGGUAUUAAACAACGCAUGGUAACAAAAUGGCAUGAAGAGAAAGCCAAUAUAUAUAUAUAUAUAUAUAUAUAUAUAUAUAUAUAUAUAUUACUUGGGAGGAAGCAGUGGAUUGUUCUUUUUCCCUAUCUCUUCUAUCUUCUAGUCAAGCUCCGGACAACAUCGAUGUUGUGUAUUUAGGAAGUAAGUGGUUAAUCAAUUGGCUUGAAAUAGUUAGUUUUAUCUGUAAAUGCAGUUUUGAUUGUAAAAAGAUGCCAGCAAAAGUUCCUGCGUUCUAGCUUCUGGUAGCAUGCAGGUCAAUGAUAGUACUUCCUAACAUACAUUUCUGAUUUCUCUAGUCGCUUUAACAUCCUAAACAUCUAAUUACAUUUAAAUCUUUGUUUUUGUGUUUAA